CGUUCAUCCAUCUGUGCGGAGAGAUGACGCUCGCUGCUGCAAAUGAACAGGGAGUCAUAAGUUCUCGGCAUCCGUGUAGCUCCAAGAAGCCCGAGAGAGCAGCUUUGCAGAGUGCACGGACUCUGAGAGGAGGAGAAGAGGAAAGCGGAAGGAUGCUGAUCCGAGCCGAGCCGGGAGCUGCAGCUUCACCUCAUCAGCGCAAACGCUGGCUGCUCCUGUAACUUUUAGCGCGCUGAACUUUACCGCUGCUUCUUCUACUCUGUCCGCUUUGGUUGAGUGCUGCUGCCCGUCAGCCAUGGCUUCCUCACCGGUCCACAGUGCGCUCUUUCUGUGCGCCUUCCUCCAGCUGUUCUCCCUUCCCGGCGGACACGUGCCAAACUGCCAGGAGGUGCGCACAGUAUUUCAGUCUCUGCACCCGGGCUCCAAGUGGGUCCCCGAAACCCCAGUGUCAGGUGCAGAUCUGCAGGUUUGCCAAACCAAAGGCCCGACCUGCUGUUCCAAGAAGAUGGAGGAGCGGUAUCAGGUAGCGGCGCGCAGCAAUAUGGAGUCUGGUCUGCAGGUUGUCAGCGCACAACUCAAACGUCUCAUCAUCCAGAACGCCGCGAUAUUCCAAGAGGCCUUUGACCUGGUGCUGCGCCACGGACGUAACUCCACCCUGACGAUGCUGAAGUCAGAGUUCCCGACUCUUGCGAGCGGUGCCCAGAGCUCUGUGGGGCAGCUGUUCCUGGACAUGUCGCUUUACAUCCUUGGCUCGGACUCCACAGUUGACCACAUGGUGGCGGUGCUCUACGGCCGCCUCUUUCCGCUCACGUACCGCCGCCUGCUGGGAGGCAGUGGCACCUCAGUGUCCGAGGAGUGUGUAAGAGGAGCUUGGAAGGACUCGGGAGCAUUUGGUCCUUAUCCUAAACUGAUGAUGACUCGACUCUCUCGCUCCCUCCUGGCCACACGAGUCUUCCUGCAGGCGCUGAACCUGGGCAUCGAGGUCGUCAACACCACAGACCAUCUGCGGCCCGGCCGAGAGUGCAGCCGGUCCCUGCUGAGGCUGUGGUACUGCCCGCACUGCCAGGGCAUGCUGGGGCCGCCGGCCUGCAGAGGCUUCUGUCAAGCAGUGAUGCACAACUGCCUGGGGGGAGCUGCAGAAGUGCAGCCUCAUUGGAGGAGCUAUAUAGAUGGACUGGGGAAGUUGGCUGGUGCCAUGAGGGGAGAGCAGGAUAUGGAGGCUGUUGUUCUUAGACUGCCCACAAUGAUUAAACUGGCUCUCAAACACGCCGUGAAUACCCGCAGCCACCUGAACACCCUGGUGAGCGGGAUGUGCGGACAAACUCCUCAGCGGGCCUCUCGCUCUGUCGGAUCCCCUCCGUCCCAGCCUCCGGCCGCCGCAGCCCGUGGGGCUCAGCCGUCAUCCUCGGACCCCGACGAGACGUUGGCAGACCUCCGCAGGGACUUCAUAACCAGCCUGAGAGGCUUCAGCUCCUUUUAUAGUGGUCUCGGGGAGGCCUUAUGCAGCCGCGAGCCUGCUCCAGUGAAUCACUCCCUCUGCUGGAACGGGCAGGAGAUGACAGACAGAUAUCCUGGGCCCGGCCUAAAACGACUGCACCCCAGCUCCGAGUCCAGGAGCAACAAGCCGCCUGAGCCGGUCAUCAGCCAGAUCAUAGACAAACUCAAACACAUCAACCAGUUGCUGCAGAUUGUGACGGUGUCUAAGAAGCGCUGGAGAGCCCGGUCUCGUGGAGCAGGAGCGAACGGGUGGAGCGAAGAGGGGGAGGAGGAAUUUGAGAGUGGCGACUGUGACGACGAGGACGAGUGCGCGGGGGUGUCUGGGCUGGGCCCGCCGCCACGACGCAAGCGAUUACGCAUCUUUGCAGACCUUUCUGAUAACCUGGCAAUGGAUGACUUCACCUUCCAGGAGCAGCUGUUAACCCCUCGUUUGGCUACAGCUGGGAUGGGAGGCGUCUCCUCACUCGCGGCUCCACUGUGGAGGAGCUACCUAGUUCCAAUCCUCUCCUUGAUGCUCAGUCUGUUCCCGGUCUAUCCCCACUGACCCAUGCAUUCCCAUCACCUCUUCCCUCUAGGAUUCAGUACAAAAUGUGUGGAAUGUGACAAACCUUUUUUUGGAAUUCUUGUUCCUGAUAUAAAGUUUAGUGGCUCAGCAGAGGACGCAUGAACAACAGAAAAUGCUACAUUUCUCUUUAUCUGUCUGAACAAGAACCUGUUCAACCUGUGUUCUUAACAAACCUAUUAAAGCACAUUAGACGCCAUUGUGUAAAUAAGAAAGUUGCCCACUGGUCCGCUGCCACAAUGGUUAUUUCAACUUUUGCGUCCUGUUGCCUAACCUCUGUUCUCACACUCACUUCUUAUGUAAUGUAACAAAGUGAUGGAGAGACUCAUUUUUAGACAUAUAAAGGACCUAGCACACAACGGGCCUUUUAAAAAAAUAAAUAAAUAAAUGCUCCCGCUCAGUCUGUACUGAGUCACAGCCCAGCAGGUACAAACUGGAAGAAGACGAAAUCAGCUGCUGUCAUUUUCCUUCGUGGCAGAGCAUGACCUCCUGCCAGGGCUGGACUUUAUCUGGUCAGUUUUAGUGAGCUCCUUCCCCCUGAAUGAUGCAAUGAAUCACUUAUUUAAACAUGCACUGUUCCUUAAAAUGCUCUGCUACUACUCACCCUUCUCUCUGAUUGUUUAUGUCGUAGUGAUAGCUAAAUUAUUACCGACUGCUUCCUUCACACGCCCACCAUCACUGUUUGCUCUGUUUUGUAAAGCUGGUGCACUUUUUUUUAGAAACAGUAACAGCCCUAUAAUUUAAAAAAAAGGAUCCAAGGGCUAUCAUUCGAAUAUAAGUCUCCAAAGUCAGCCUGAUAACUGUACAGGUGUAUGUUUCUCUGUGUUGGUGACAUGUUUACAUUAACGUGUUUAUUUACAAUACUGGCAUUUUGGUUUUUUCUGGACUAAUUAUUGGCCGGAUUGUGAAGCCUUGCUGCAGUUUCUAGCUUACUCUUUAGCACUGUGCAUAAAGCGAUCAUUAAUGUGAAAUAUAAAUAUGUAUAAAAACGUGUACAUUAAUUUUGUUAUGUUGCACUGGUCUCAUACAUUUCCAAGGAUGGCCUCUGUAUUUAAUCUUUUUUUCUGUGCUUUUUGGGUUAAAAGCAAAAGUGAGAUUCUUAUUGUUUCAUUUGUUUGGUUUUUUAACAUGGUGCUGCUGCUACCACACAGCUGACUCCACAGCUGCAAGUGCUGAGUCUGCCCAUGGCCCACUGUUUGACUUGUCAUGUCAGGAAAAGCACAGGUGUACAGCUAAGUCAUAUCAGCGAUCGAGCAUGCCGACUACCAGGCUCCUGGCAGUGGAAUGCCUAAACAAAGUGCAGGCCUAAAUUAUUUGACUAGCGCCACCUGAUUUUUGUCUCCUAUGGCCAGUUACAAGACCCCUGGCCAGUGUCCCACCUAGGAGUCAUAAGAAAUAAUGAUGUGUUUGUUUUUCUCUCAAUUGAAUGUUGAUGGGGAAAAUACAUUGUAAAAUAAACUCAAUCUGUUUUGAUGUUUUGUGCCUGUGGCAAUGUGUUUUUAAGCUAAGAUAUUAGCAUCACAAUUAGCAUUAGCGUAUUCAGCUAAGCAUUUAGCAAUGACGCAAGAAAUGAAGUUUAAGACACGAAGGGGGUGGAAAUAUGCUUAGCUGCUAACACUAAGCAUAUUUCAGUGGUAUGAGUGUAACAGGAAAAGUACUACACACUAGUUUAGUAUAAAAAGUGCUGAAUGAAUGUGUGGGCACUUUAAGUGCUUUGAACAAUGGAUAGAGCUACUACAAGGAUAAGAAGUAGAGCUAGCAAAAAUGCUGACUGUGUAAGCUAGCAGACUUUUUAGUGUCACAGCUCUAUCAUUAAGACCCAAGAAUCUGAUGGAUUUGCUAUUCCAUCCGUCUGCACAGUCACAAUAUGCUAACCUCCAGUUCUACUCUAGCUUCUAUGAAUGUGUGUGAAUGUUAGAUAGGUAAAGAAUGCAGCAAGAUGUAAAAAGUGCUUGGUGUGGUCAGGUAGAGUAGAAAAGCACUAUAUAAGAACCACUUGCUGUGUGGACAAGCAUGGAUGAACUUGAUGGAUGUUAGUUUGCUACUGUUAAUAAACUCAAAUAACAUUAAAAAGUGUCUUUCUGCUCCAGGCGAGCACUCCCAUGACUUCUUUGUUGACUGAACAUUAUGUUGGCAGGUCAAAAGUCAUUCACUUGUGAUUAGUUGAGGCAAAAGAAAACACCCCUUCCAGGAAUAAACUGAUUGACAUGGAUGUAGUGUCAGGCUGAAUGAAUUAAGUAAAAUUAAGUUGCAGAUUAACUUGGUUGUCAGGCUUGUUUUACGUGAGAGUAAUGGCAGAAUGAGCAAAUGUUUGGACUAAAAGCUACCAACAGCUCAAUGCUAAGUUGUUGGAGGAAAGUGGAAAAACAACCCCAAAAACAUGAAGUGAAAGAUUCCAACUCACAGAUUUGGCUUUUUGGGUAUGGAAUAAUCCUUAAAAUGCCAUGAAAAACAAGGAUUAAAUGGAUGGCACGCUGCUGCGAUUACAAAUUGCACACACAAUGUUCCAGGCAUAUAUAUUACUUUCUGUGCUUUUCGCUACUGAUCCACUUCAAAGCGAGUCAUGAAUCAUGAAAUUUAUGUGUUUCUGGACUGCACUCGUUGCUCUGAGUCCUAAAGCAGCACGUGGAUUAUGUGUUUUUUCUUUGGAUCUGUAUUUUUUCACUCCCAGCAGAUUAUGAACUACUGUCCUCGCUGUCCCUCUCUGUGGGGCUUCUCUCUAUUGACCCAGUCUGUUAACCUCCUGAGCUUAACUUAACCAGGUAGCUAUACUCAUCCACAACCCAGCAGUGAACCAGGGUUCAUUAGUCCCAAGUGUUUGUGUUUCGUCUCCAUUAUUAAAGCCUGUCUUCUUCCCUAACAAGGCCAAUCACUCACAGCUCCGCAGAUAACACGCCUGUCACAGCAAACGCACUUCAAAAUCCCAUUUCUGUGUCCCCGAUUCUCUGCUGUAACUUUUCACACCCACACACCCUCUGCUCGGCAGUGCUAGAUAAAAACGCCAUUAUUAUCCAGCUGUGCCUUUCUCUCCUGAGCUGCAGCUUUUAAGAUGUAAACGGGAGGCUGAUUAUAAGGAGAUGAGCAAACGCCGGCUGCAGAGAGAGCAGCAGCUAGCCCGGGAUGGAGGGGGGGGGGGUGGGAGUAUACUCUGAAUGCUAAUGUGAGGCUGGAGAAUGGGCAUACAGGCCCAUUGAGAUGCAGAGUCCAUGUGUUUUCUUAGGGUAAUAUUGGGGCAAUGUUGGAACAGCCUGCAUUAUGAGAGUGAAAGGUCAAUGUGAUGUUAGUCAGCAGGAACAGUGAGAAUUGCUGACUAUUAGGAAUUGUUGCAUUUUCUGCCUGAGUGAUUGACUCCCCUAUGAAUAUGUAUUUCAGCCCUUUUUUCAUGGCCACACAAAGAUGUUCGGGCUUGUGUACCUUCACGAGCCAGAGGGGUCAUUAAACACUGCAUAUAAAUUAAAAUAACAAUGUAAUUCAGGUGCUCAAAAGUGCACGGCCACAUCCCCGCCCACCCCCCAAAGUCCAGUCCAAUUUUUACCAAGCUGGAUGUUGAAAUUCCUUCGCUGCAGAGAAAGGCCCGAGACAUGUCAUGUUGCUCAAAGCUCAUUCACGUCUAAUUACCAUGGCACUGGACCAUUUUCUUACCUUUUGUU